AUGGAGCUGCAGGGUGGUGCUGCAGCAGUGGCGGCGCGCUAUGACUACAUUUGGGUAGUGGACGACGAUGUGCGCUUGCCCACGGGGGAGAUCUCGCGCAUGUUCAACAUUCUGCGCGAGCACGAGCAGAUUGCCUUUGCCUGCCCGUCCUUCGACAAGGGCAGUGAUGGUGUGUGGCGCUUCUUCGAUGGUCACGAUCCACGCUUUAAGCUGCGGUACACCAACUUUGUGGAAUGUACGGCGCCGGUGCUGAAGAGCGCUAUGCUACUGGAUCCCCGCUUCCAGCCCUGCCUGCGGGCGGUGCGGACAGGUUGCUUCAUUGACUUCUGUUUUCAUCCAGCGGCUGGUGGAGGAAAUGACGUGGUCGCAGUCAUUGACGCCGUGCAGUGCCACCACCCUCCACGCACUGCGGACUAUCCCAGCGAGAUGCGGCAAGUGCAGGACUGGCUGCAGCACAAGAAUGACGACGUCUUAUUUGAGAAGGAGGGGGUGCCCAAGGACUGGUGGGCCGUCGAGCCCCGCUUCUUCCAGCCCAGAGUAUUGGGAGCCAUCCCUGCGGGUGACUGA